CCAAAUUGUAUAAAAACCCACUCUGCUCUCUGUCUUGCCAUCAGUGUUUGCUUGACUCUCCUGUCUUCACGACUUCUCACCGAAGCAGACUCACUUCACAACUCAACACAAUGCCUUACUGUGGACCAUCUUGUGCUGUCCCCUCCUGCGCAUCCAGCCCCGUCGUCGGCUUUGGAUCAGCUGGCCUUGGGUUGGGUUCUGGCUACGGUUUAGAUUCUGGCUACGGUUUGGGUUCUGGCUAUGGUUUGGGUUACGGCUACGGAUCUGGUGCGUUGGCCACAUCUUCUGGCAGCCUGGGCACCCUGGCCGGCGUCAACCCUUCCUGCAUCAACCAGAUCCCCCCAGCCGAGGUCGUGAUCCAGCCUCCAGCUUCUGUGGUCACCAUCCCAGGAGCCAUCCUCUCUGCCAGCUGUGAGCCCGUCUGCGUCGGAGGCAACACGCCAUGCGCUGUCUCUGAUUCUGGGCUGAGAGGAAGCUGGGGCUAUGGAGAUUGGGGCUAUGGAGGUCUUGGCUUGAGGAACCGGGGUCUCCUUGGCAGAAGGUUCCCCUUGAGCCGUAGAGGAAGCAUUUGUUACAGCCGUCGUGGUAGCAUUUGCUUUUAG